UGGAGAUGACCCAUCCAGCCCGUGACGACGACAUGAGCAGCACGACGACCGAUGAGUCGUCGUCCAUGGCGAGCAUGUUCUCACGCAUGAUUGCCUCGCGCUUCACCAUUGGCGACGUGGACAGUAGCAGCAGCCAGCACGCCAAGACGCCGACGAUGCCAACGAUCCCGGCCGAGCUCGAGCUCAAGAUCGCGCUCGUGGGCGGCAAUGGCGUCGGCAAGACGUCCAUCGUGCGCCGAUGGCUCAAGCGGCCGUACCAGUCGGCGUACAGUCAGACCAUCGGCGUCGACGUGAGCACGCUCCUGUACCCGUACGGUCCAACCAAGCAGCCCGUCAAGAUCCAAGUCUGGGACGUCUCGUCGGCCGAGGUCGACAAUACGAGUUUGCACGAGCUUGUCUGCGACGACCUCGACGGCAUCUUCUUCGUCUUUAACGUCCACCGCGUGAGCUCGAUCGCAGCCGUUGACGCGUGGCGGACGCAGCUUGCGUCGUUCAUCUCGUCGAGCGAAGUGCCCUUCUACCUUCUCUGCCACAAGGCCGACAUGCUGCAGAAGCGCGUCAUGACGAGCGAUGACAUUGAAGCCUACGCGCGGACGGCCGGGUACCGCGGGUGGUCGUGGACCGUCGGGCGCAUGGGGCUCGGCGAAAGCGACCGCAACCCUGCCGUGAUCGAAGCGCUCGACAAGAUGGUCGACGCUAUCUGUCGAAGUGAGCCGUUCGAGGAUCUUAUCAAGACACGUCGCGCUAUGGCGUCACCACCGACCAUGUUGCUGACGCCCGACGCAGAGCGCUUCAUCGAGUCGACGCCUCCGUGCUUCUCGUCGGCCGUGCUCCACGUGCCGACGCAAGCCAUCACAACGAUCCCGCGAUCGACGAGCGACAUCGAUGACGAGCCACCGUCCGGGUUUGGUGCCAACUGGAUGUUUGGCGGUAUGAAAGGGCAGUACCUCGAGGAGAAGGCGCCGUCCGAAGUGGACUUUGCCUUCCACGACGUCGCGCCGCCACGAAGCGAAGACGAUAGCCUUGCCUCGCCCACGAUUCCUACGACCAGCAAGGACAGCGACGACGACGAUGGCUGGACGUUCUUCGCGGGCAGCAUAGCGCGCCACAAGGCAGAAAACAUCUUGAGCGCGCGAGGCGAAGGCGCUUUCCUCGUUCGCCGGAAAGACUCGCAGACACUCGUGCUCUCGUACAACGGCGCUGACGACAUCCACCACGUACUCGUUGAGUUUCAUGACGGCCGGUACCACAUUGGGUCGGCCAAGUCGUCGCUGAACCAGCCGUCGUUCCCGACGCUCGCCGCCUGCCUCGAGAGCAUCCAGCGGUAUGCACACAAGGGCAUUGUGUUUCGCCGGCGCCAGCGCUUCCGUGUCGGGGAAAAGCCCACGGCAUCGAUUCUCCUGGAGCCCGAGACGACGUCGGCGCCGCGCGCGCCGCCGCGAAGCGCGGGCAAGUCGGACAUGGUCUGGCGCGUGAGUGCGACCGAGUCGGGCUCGCUGCCUCGCCUCCAGGCAAUGCAGGAGCGCCUCGACGUGCCACCCAUCCAGCGUCUGCAAGUGCUCACGCGUGACUUUUAUGGCCGCCUCCGCACGCGCCUCCGCGCGCUGCUGCCCAAGUGCUCGCACGAGGAAGCCACCACGAUUCAAGAGCUCCUUGCGGUGGCGCUGGUCGAAGAGCGCGAAAAUACGGUGCAGGACGGUCGGCGCACGGGCCUCGAAGACGCGUGGCGCAAGCUGGUCAAGGACAUGGAGUCGUGGAACCAGAUCUUAGCGACCCUCGAAAUCACGGCCCCAUAAGUCUGGUCUUGCCCAGCUGUGGAUACGGAGCGAUGGGCA